AUGAAGCUACUCAAGAUAAUAGGCCUAGGGUCUUUGCUCCACGCAGGAUACUCUUCUUACGAAUACACACACUCCCAAAAGGCGCACAACACAUCCAUCCCCUUCCCACAGGAUAUAAUACUCGAGGUGAUCAUCUCAUUGUUGAUUCUAUCUCUUGAUUUACUCUUUAGUUCUAAUCAACCAAAGUUAUCAUUAAUCAACAAUGAUGUUGUCAAAUCGCAAUUCAAACUGAAGCCAAUAUUGAUGAAGGAUGCUGUUGUUGAAGAUGAAAAAUUGGGUGCUGGUCCUUUCCAAUUCGUUGAGAGUAAGGUCUUUUUCACAGAUUUUGCUCAAAAGAGAAAAGAUUAUGCUGAAUGGGUUGCAAAGAAUAAAAAAGUUUCUGAUGAAAAAAAAAGGAGGAAAAUACACCUGUAG